AAGAAUGUUACUUUAUGGAAAGAACAAUAAGGCGUGGAACUGCGGAAGGGUGUGUUGGCUGGUAGCUGAGUCUGAGUGGCAGGUCAUUGCCGUUGCCGCAGAACCCUGAAGGCUACAUCAACCUCACCGAUCCAUAUAUCUCCUUUCAAUUAUAACCAAAAUUUCUACUUCCUUCUAAACAUUUCACUCUUCAGUAUUGCAUUGGACUUACCUGAUGCUGAUCUCAAAUCACUAGAUUUUCUUUCUCUGUGCUUAUGCAGCAGGCACUGUGAUAGAAUACAACCAAACUUUUGAAUAUCACUCUGCCCUUUUUCCGUGUAACAUGAGGUGAGUUGGAGAUGGCAGACUUACCGGGAUAUUUGCGUUCUUGCCUGAGCAUGGGCAAACUUGCCUUUUUGGCAAUCUUAGUCUCUGGGGGAAUUGUCUUGCAAAUUUUGGCAUGUGCUUUGUAUAAUAAUUGGUGGCCGAUGCUAAGUGCUAUAACAUAUGUGCUACUCCCAAUGCCUCUGCUGUUCUUUGCGGGGUCUAAUGGUUCUUCUGUAUUUUCUGAAUCUGAGAGCAGCUGGGUGAAUUUAGCCAAGUUCUUGACUGGAUUCUCAACUAUUGGAAGCAUUGCCAUUCCAAGCAUUCUAAAGCAUUCCGGUGUUAUUGGUUGGGGAGCCUUUGCAAUGGAGCUUUCAUCUUUCUUCGUGUUUGUAUUAGCCAUAUUGUGUUUCAUGGGGAUGAGUGAUGAAGAUGACUAUUACAGUAUGGUAUGAGAUGGAAGUCUACCAGGCAUAAUUUCAUGUGUAAAAAUGGAUUUAUUCUUUGUGUGCGCUAUUGGUUCUCUUGCUUUUAUAAGCUUUCACCUAGACAUUUUCCCCGUUUCAAACCAUUGAAAUUGAAUGCCAUUAUCAUGUUGCUGAAAAUGAUUUACAAACCUCAGCAACUGUAGGGGAGCUUUCGGCCAAAACAUACGGGAACUUGACGUACCUUGUAUAUGUAUGUAUGAUUUACCGUCAGUUGAAGAAUGAGACAACAGUAUUAUUAUCAUAAUUGAAUUACACUUGUUUA